AUGUCAAAUUUUCUUGAUUCUGAAACAGAGGAAUUGCUCUCUCUUAUUUCUUACUGUUCUUUCACCUACACUUUCACUGAUCCACAAGAAUCCCCUUCACAACAAGAUUUAAAGAGGCUAAAACUCAUUCAAAUCCUAUCAAUAAUCAAGACUCUCAUAAAAUCACUUGAUGAUCAAGUACUUUCACCCCUUUUCAAAAUGUUGUCCACUAAUCUUUUUAGGCCACUCCCUCCACCAAUUUACUCUGUUGCCUCAAUAUUACCCGAAGACGAUGAUCUUGUCAGUAAUCCUACACCAUCUUGGCCACAUUUGCAAAUUGUCUAUGACAUUUUCCUCAGGAUUGUCACUAGAACAAGUGUUGAAUCGCUCCGAAUUUAUAUAGACCAUUCUUUCCUUCUUAAUCUCCUCACAUUGUUCCAAUCUGAAGACCAAAGGGAACGUGAUAGCUUGAAGAAUGUCUUCCACAGAAUUUAUUCAAAAUUAACAUUCUAUAGAACAUUCAUGAGAAAGGAAAUGAAUGAUGUAUUUUUGCACUAUGUUUUUGAGACUGAUCAAAGGCACCCUGGAAUAGGAGAACUUCUUGAGAUAUGGGGCACAAUUAUCAAUGGCUUUAGUGUUCCUUUGAAAGAAGACCACAAACUUUUCUUAGUGAGAGUUCUUGUCCCUUUGCAUAAGCCAAAAGGGAUGCAAGUUUACCACAGGCAAUUGACCUAUUGUGUAACUCAGUUUGUGCAGAAAGAGCCAGGGCUUGGUGAGGUUGUUAUUAGAGGUAUUUUGAGAUACUGGCCAAUAACAAAUUACCAGAAGGAAGUUCUGCUUAUUGGUGAAUUGGAAGAACUUGUGGAAACUCUAGAUCCUCAACUGUACAAAGAACUAGCAUUGCCUUUGUGCACCAAAAUUACCAAGUGUUUAAAAAGUUGGAACUCACAGGUUGCAGAACGUGCAUUGUACGUGUGGAACAAUGAGCAAUUCUGGAAGAUGGCAUCACAAGCAAUGGAAGAGGUUUUUCCAGUUCUAGUUGAAGGGAUGGAGAAAAAUCUGGAGGGGCAUUGGAGCAAAAAUGUUCGACAAUUGACAGAAAAUGUGAAGGGAAUGCUAGAAGCUCUAGCACCAUUUCUGUAUUCCAAGUGCCUUUUACAACUUGAAAUCCAAGAAGCCGUGGAACGCAUAGAAGACAUAAGAAGAAAAGAAAUUUGGGAAAAGUUAGAAAAUGCAGCAAAGUAG